CUCCUCACACGCCCUCGACUCUGCGUAUGCUGCCCACUGACUAGAGCAUCCCACAAGCGUCCAGCCCAAUGCCUGCGGAACCACGACGGAACUCGCGCAAGCUCACCUCCGACGACGACAUCGAGCUCAAGAGGGCGAGAGGAGAGAUCUCGUGCGCAGAGUGCAGACGGCUCAAGCUCAAAUGUGACAAGAAGAUCCCGUGCGGCUCCUGCGUGCGCCGCGGCUGCACUUCCAUAUGCCCCAAUGGGAGUCUAUCUGCAGGACAAGGCACAAGGUUCAUCCUUGCGGACACGGAACAGCUCCAUCGGAAGAUAUCCGAGAUGAGCGAACGCAUACGGCAGCUGGAGGACGCACUUGCCAUCUUCCAGGCCGGCAUCUCUCAUGAACGACAUCCGCUCCUCCGGGACGAGCUCUUAACCAUCAAGUUCGGUCCCGAGGUCAGGAGGACGGUCGACGACGAACAUCAAAGGGACAUGUUGUCCGCGUCCAUCGAUGCCCUGGGCACGCUCACCGUUGGCGAACAUGGGGAAUCGAAAUACUUUGGGCGAUCUGCAGGCUCCGAGACUAUGCUGGCACAAGCUGUUAGUGCAGAUGAGGAAGGAAGUCCCGUUCCUUCGAUCGAGCCUGAGCUAGCGAAUCUAGCAAUCGCCUUCCCGGUCUCUAUUAUCGAGGAAGGAACGGAUGCUCUCAUGCUCAAGCUCGAGGCCCACCUCCCGCCUCAGCCUAGGGCAUGGGCGUUGUGUGAGACGUAUCUGGAGCAUCUUACCUGGUGGUGUCGGCCCAUCAAGCGAGAUGAGCUCAUCAACGACAUUCUGAUACCCAUAUACAACUGCAAGAAGGACCCGAGUAAAAAUGUAUAUCACCGAGAUGGCACUACGGACGAGGAAGGCAGAUGCCCCCACCUGCUCUCCGUCCUCUUCUUCGUCUUCGCUUUGGGCUCUCUUGUAGACCUCACGUUGCCACCGUGUAGUGCCGAGGCAGAGCUGUACUAUCGUCUAGGAAGGGCUGCUUUGUCUCUCCGUUCCAUCUUCGACUCGCAGGAAAUCGAAACGGUACAAGCGCUCAUUCAUAUGGCGAUGUACCAUAGUCUGUGUUCCCAACGGUGGUCGCUGGAGAGCGCAUGGCGCAUCAUCUCGCUCUCUGGGAAGAUCGCACAAAGUCUCGGACUGCACCGCGAUAGCGCAGCGUGGAAGUUGAGUGAUAAAGCUGUCCAGAGACGACGGAAUCUAUUCUGGGAACUAUUCAGUCUGGAGAUGAUACAUUGCAUGUCCCUCGGGCGUCCGCCAGCACUGACCUUCAGUCACAUAGAUUGCGAACUACCAACUGACGAGGAUGCCACCGUCGAUGACGGUGACGGCGGAAGCAACUUGCGCGGAUAUUGGUCCUUCAAGCAUUCGUUCACACGCGAUGUCUACACUACCGUAGUCGACGGAGUGCUGGCUGCCAAGCCACCUUCGUACGCCAAGGUUCUCGAAUAUGACCGCCAGAUCAGGCAAACGACACUCCCAAACGUCCGACUUUACCUCCGACCGGACGAGGCCAAUUACAGCAAUCCGUCCGUCGUUUUGCGGUCGUUCUUCCUAUCUCAUUUCCGGAGCAUCACUAUGAUCCAUAUACACCGAACAUUCUUCGCACAGGCGCUAUUGGACAAUCCGACGAACCCGUUGUCAAGCCCCUACGCGCCGUCGUUCCUCGCAGCCAACCGUUGCGCUUCGAUUCUCCUCCGCAGCUUCCUCCACCAUUGGAACCGAAGUCCGGAGAUAUGCAGUCGCUUCUGGGGCAUGUGGACGCACGCGUUCUCGGCUGCUGUUAUCUUGGGAAGCACCGUCACGCGUUCGCCCAACGCGACGAUGGCGCCAAGCGCUCUCACGGAUCUUGACCUUGCAGUCGACUUCUUCGAGCGCGGUGCUCAGCUGAGUCCCCGCGCCCGUCAAGCUCUCCCGAUACUGAAGAACCUCAAGGAGCGCGCCCUGCGUGCGUUCAACGAAUACCGCAACCGCCACAUGACACCGUCCCUGGACAUCCAGCUCCGGAUAGGCCCCGAGGACCAGUUUCAGGACGAGCUCGCCAUCUUCGGCGGCCAGACACGCGUCGUGACAAACAAGUUCCUCUCCCGCCACAAGAACAGGAUCCCCACCAAGCCACGCAUCGGCGUCAAUGGAGGCGCGGACACGCCGGUGUCGCCGAGCCAGGCGACGACCCCUGCCCCCACGUCGGUCGCGAGCCCCCAGUCGGCGUCGACACCGAGCGAAGAUGGUGGGCCGCUCCCGCCGCAGGUGGAGGACCAGAUGGAGGACGUGCAUCCGUCGCUGAUGGAGUAUCUGUCGUUAUUCCCAUCUGCGGCGUCGAUUUCGGUGGUCAAUGGGCAGCAGCAGCAGCCGAUGGACACCACGCCGUCGGUGUUCUCUCCCGCAGCCUUGGGAUCGUCGCCCUUCACGAACAUGCGGACGCCCUCAUCCGCUGCUGGCGUACCGGGCCUCCGACACCAGCCACAGCCUCAGCCACAGUCCCAGCCUCAAGCGGGGCCGUCGACCCCGACAGGCCGAGGUACCGAACCCGUCGGGGACCCGCUCGCGUUCUUCAACGUGCUGCCCGAUAGCGGUGCAGUCGCGGCUGGGCUCGCGGACCCGUCGCUGGUCUUCGCCGCGAUGGGGAUGGGGCAGCCGGACAUGGGUCCCCUGGGGACGAACAUCUUCGGUAGCUCGUUUGGGGGAGGGGACUUUGGCGACCAGUGGACGUCGCUCAUGCGCGAGACAGGCUUUUUCGACGCCCAAGGGAACUUCAAGACGGAUGGCUUGAUGUCCCCGAUGUCCCCGACCACUCCCGGGACGGGACAGCAGGGCCAUGCGCGACGGGACUCGGGGGACAUCUACCCGACAUAUUAGAGGCGCGCUGUUGCUGUGCCUGUCUGCUUUCGGCUCUGAGUCUUCUCCACUGCAUCUUCUCGCGCUGUGUUCGUUUCUAUCUGCACUGUGCUUGUUGUGUUUGAUUCACGUGCUACGUCUCUCUCGAUCUGUAUUCGCACUGUACAAUGCCCCACAGACGUCUGGCUACUAUACUAUACGCACGCGUGACACGUUCUAGGUAUACAUUGUCUCCUCUCAUAUCCCAGAUUGCUUCACCCCCGUUUUGUCAUCGUGUGUCUCGAAGGCCCCUCAAAACUUCGCCUCUCGUAUCAGAUUGCUAUGGUCAGUGUUUUAUGUGUCGCAUCGUAGCUGUGUUGAACUGUAAAGUGUAUGUGCAAAGAUGCCAAAAUUCCCACCAGAUUCC